GAGUUCCUCGCUGCCUUGUAAGGAGCGCGGCAGCCCCUGAGCGUCCCCGCAGGGAAAGCAGGAGCGAUCCGCCCGUCUCCAACUCUCUCCUUCUUCCCUUCUCUCCCUUCCAGAGUCCCCACCCCGCCUGCCUGCCUGCCUCCUCCUCUUUCUGCUCUGCAAUCAGGGGGAUAAAUCAGGGAAGGACACACGCGGAGAUCUGUUACAAAGUAGUCCUGAUGGCGGCGGAUCAGAUGAAGCCGGAGCUGCUGCUCGAGUAGCAAGAGUCGAGUCUCUCUCUCUCUUCGCUAUUUCUCCUCUUCCCCCACUCCACCCACAGAUCUCCAUCGUUUCUCCUCCUCCUCCUUCUGCCCGGGCAGCGCCUCCUGCGAGGGGGCGGGCGAGGGGGAGCGGAGGAGGCUUUAAAAUCCGCCCCCCCCCCCUUCGCGCACACGAUCGCUGAAUUUAUUAUUAUUGCCGUCUCGCCGACUUCGGGAAAAGGAGGAAUCGAUCUUCGAUCAGGAAGAUGGCUGCUGGCUGGCUGCUAGUCUUUAGCCUGACACUUUUCCACUCCUUGGUGAUGAACCACUCCUCGGAGGGACCUUUCCCUUCUGCCACGACGAUAAAAUCAUGGGUAGAUAAGAUGCAAGAAGAUCUUGUAACGUUAGCAAGAACUGCAAGCGGAGUGGACCAGCUUGCUGCGAUUUAUUUGCAAAACAGAAAUUUGUAUACUGUAGAAGCUAACAACCCUCGUCAGCUAGUGGAGAUUGCAGCCAGAGACAUUGAAAAACUUCUGAGUAACAGGUCUAAAGCCUUGGUGCGCCUUGCGAAAGAAGCAGAGAAGUACCAAGCAUCACAUCAGUGGAGGGAUGAGUUUGGGAAUAAUGAUAUAAUCUAUUACAAUGCAAAAGAUGAUCAGAAUGAUCCUGAAAAGAAUGACACUGAAUCUGGCAGCCAGAGAAUCAGACCAGUAUUUGAAGAAGAUCCUGUUUUCCGACGACAAACGUCUUACCAACAUGCAGCAGUCCACAUACCAACAGAUAUUUAUGAAGGCUCAACAAUAGUGUUAAAUGAGCUCAACUGGACUGCAGCACUGGAUGAUGUAUUCAAGCGGAACAGAGAAGAAGACCCCACUUUAUUAUGGCAAGUUUUCGGUAGUGCAACUGGCCUCGCUAGGUAUUACCCAGCCUCCCCGUGGGUAGAUAACAGUCGAACUCCAAACAAAAUAGAUCUCUAUGAUGUUCGCAGAAGGCCAUGGUACAUCCAAGGAGCUGCAUCUCCCAAAGACAUGCUUAUUUUAGUUGAUGCGAGCGGGAGUGUCAGUGGAUUGACAUUGAAGCUGAUUCGCACCUCGGUCAUUGAGAUGCUAGAGACUUUGUCUGACGAUGACUUUGUGAAUGUAGUUUCAUUUAACAAUAAUGCUCAGAACGUCAGUUGCUUUAAUCACCUUGUCCAAGCUAAUGUGAGGAACAAGAAGAAGCUGAAAGAAGCUGUGUAUAAAAUCUCUGCUAAAGGAAUUACUGACUACAAAAAAGGCUUUAGCUAUGCUUUUGAACAGCUACUAAAUCACAGCGUCUCUAGAGCUAACUGCAAUAAGAUUAUUAUGUUGUUUACGGACGGUGGUGAAGAAAGAGCACAAGAAAUUUUCCAUAAAUACAAUGAAGACAAAAAAGUACGUGUGUUCACGUUUUCUGUUGGUCAACACAAUUAUGACAAAGGACCCAUACAGUGGAUGGCCUGUGAAAAUAAAGGUUAUUAUUAUGAAAUUCCAUCCAUUGGAGCCAUAAGAAUAAACACACAGGAAUAUCUGGAUGUUUUGGGAAGACCAAUGGUUUUAGCUGGAGAGAAAGCCAAACAAGUCCAAUGGACUAAUGUCUAUCUGGAUGCUCUGGAGCUGGGCCUUGUGAUUACAGGAACUCUACCUGUCUUCAAUCUAACAAAGGAACAAAAUGGGAAAAUAAAUCAGCUGAUUCUCGGAGUAAUGGGUGUUGAUGUGUCUUUGGAGGACAUAAAAAAAUUAACGCCUCGAUUUACGCUUUGUCCAAAUGGAUACUAUUUUGCAAUUGAUCCUAAUGGGUAUGUGCUACUUCAUCCAAAUCUCCAACCAAAGCAAAUUGGUGUGGGCAUACCAAAAGUUAAGUUGAGAAAAAGGAGACCAAAUGUACAGAAUCCUAAAUCGCAGGAGCCUGUUACACUGGAUUUUUUAGAUGCUGAAUUGGAAAAUGAUAUUAAAGUUGAGAUUCGGAAAAAAAUGAUAGAUGGAGAAAGUGGAGAAAAAACAUUUGAAACCCUGGUCAAGUCCCAAGAUGAGAGAUACAUUGAUAAAGGAAACAGAACAUAUACAUGGACUGCUGUGAAUGGCACCGAUUACAGUUUGGCAUUGGUGUUACCAUCAUACAGUUUUUAUUAUAUUAAAGCCAAAAUAGAAGAACCAAUAACUCAAGCCAGAUAUUCUGGAGAAAUAGCUGGAUAUGAUAUCUUGGCAAUCAAUAAGGUUACAGAAACGCUGAAGAUUGAUCAUUUUGAUGAAGCUGGCUAUACAUUCAUAGCACCCAGAGAAUAUUGCAGUGAUGUAAAAAAAUCAGAAAACAACACUGAAUUUCUGUUAAAUUUCAAUGAAUUUAUUGACAGAUAUACUCCGAGCAGUGCUUCAUGUAAUACUGAUAUGGUCCUUAGAGUUUUGCUGGAUGCAGGAUUUACAAAUGAACUUGCCCAAAACUAUUGGAGUAAACUGUCUCUUGAUGGAGUUGUUGCACAUUUUGUUGUUACAGAUGGUGGAAUUACUAGAGUGUUCCCCAAAAGGGCAGGAGAAGUUUGGUUGGAAAAUGCUGAAACUUAUGAAGUCAGCUUCUAUAAACGGAGUUUAGAUAAUGACAACUAUAUUUUCACAGCUCCGUACUACAACAAAAGUGGUGCCAAUAGCUAUGAAACAGGCAUUAUGGUAAGCAGGGCUGUGGAAAUAACAGUUGAUGGGAAGCUUCUGAAACCAGCAGUUGUUGGAAUAAAAAUUGAUGCAACCAGCUGGAUGGAAAAUUUCACAAAAACCACAAUCAAGAGCCUGUGCAACAGUGAAAUCUGUGGUUGUGAGAGAAACAGUAUGCAUGUGGACUGUGUUAUCCUUGAUGAUGGUGGAUUUCUUUUGAUGUCAAAUCGGGAUGAAUAUACACAACAGAUUGGAAGAUUCUUUGGUGAAAUUGAUCCUGGCCUGAUGCGAAACCUGAUUAACAUGUCCCUAUAUGCCUUUAACAAGUCGUAUGACUAUCAAUCAGUCUGCGAUCCUGAAGAAGAACCAAAGCAAGGAGCUGGACUUCGUUCUGCUUAUGUGCCUACAAUAACAGAUAUUCUGCAUCUCGGAUGGUGGGCUUCAGCAGCUGCCUGGUCUAUCUUACAGCAGCUGUUUUUGAGCUUGACUUUUCCACGUUUCCUUGAGGCAGCUGAUAUGGAAGAUGAUGAUUUUGGUGCUGCCUUGCCUAAAACGAGCUGUAUCACUGAGCAAACUCAGUAUUUCUUUGAAAAUGAUGACAAAUCUUUUGGUGGGAUUGUAGACUGUAUAAACUGUUCCAGGCUUUAUCAUGCAGAGAAGAUUUCAAACACCAAUCUAGUGUUCAUUAUUAGUGAUAGCCAACUGCUUUGCCGCUCCUGUGACCCAAAGCCACUGAUGCAAGCAGAGAAGCCGGAUGAAGGGCCAAAUCCUUGUGAAAUGGUCAAACAACCUAGAUACAGAAAGGGUCCUGAUGUCUGUUUUGAUGAAGCCAAACAGGAUCAGCCUAUAUGCACAACGAGUCGUGCCUCUGCCAUGACGUCCGCUCCUAUCUUCAUUUUUCUGCAAGUUUUCAUGUGGUGUGGAUGGAAGAUUCGGCUGACUGCGGUGGUGUCUCUGGUCUGAGUCCAUCACUGUGGUCUAUGGUAGGAAUUCAGUUGGUCCUGCUUUGGCUGUUAUCUGGCAGCAGACACUGCCAGUUAUGACCUUGCUAAACCAAAACCCGCAUAACUUAAUCAAGACCUGGCCAAAACGAUAGCCUCAGUUUCAUUUUAAGAGGGUCAGCUAUUCAGACAGCAGCAAAACAACAGUGCUCGUGUCUGGUUAUCACUCGCUGUGAGACUCAUAAAGGCGCCCGCGGUGGCUGCAUGUUGGAGUGUUGGAUCCUUAAAAAUGUGUGAAUGCUGCAUCGUGUGUGCCAUCCGAACAGAAUUCUGUACAUGCUUCAUUGGCGAAUCUAAGAUUAUUUUUUUUUUCCAUUUCUUUGUUGUUGUAAUCUUGAUGACUUCAUGUAAAAGGGCUCCCCUGACAGUAGCUUAUGUAUAUGAUUUUCAUUUCUUUUAAGCUUUGGAUAUCUUGAAGAUUUAUAUUCUUUUACAUGAACAGUUAUUUAAAAAAAAAAAAAAAAAAGAGAAAAAAGAAAA